AACACUCCGAGACGCCCGCGGCUGCCAUCUUACGUGGGGAGAGAUUCCCGCACCCAACGCAACCGACGCCGCCCCAAUGCAAUACGACCGCUCCCCUACGUAAGAUGGCGUCCGUGUUGCACGCGGCCCUCAUUGCGUCACGAGCAUCGUCAUCGCCGCCCCGCAACAGCGUGCUCAGGUGCCACAAGCAAUGGCGGCGCCCUUGACCACACUAGCCCGACGGCUGUCAUCGUCCGCUGCGGGCUACGCGUCUCUGUGGCCUCGAGCUCAGAGGCCGAGCCUCGCUCUCGCCUCGUCCCGGCUGCUAUUGCCGCCGCUGUCGCGUCCCUACGCGGCGGGCGCCGCCGUGCACGGUGGGGCUCGGCUACCGGGACCGGCCUCGCCUAGCGGCUCCGCGGGAAAGAGUGGCAUUUCACGGCGGGGAGGCGCUAGGCCGCAGAGUCCCGAGACGUCGGGGACGCCGCAAUGGAAGCUGUUCGCGGCCGCGUGCGUGGAGCGCUACCCGCGCCUUUCUCAAGAGCUGAGCGCGGAGGAGAAACUGUUCGGGGAGCUGGUGCAGCAGAUUGAGCUGGAGAGAAGCGCGCUGUCCGACCACGAGAUCCAGCUGGUGGAGGAUGCGGCGAGGAUUCAGAUGCGCCAGGCUAACGAGGAGUUGGACUCGGACGACGAGGAUGAUCGGCCCGGCAUCGUGACUGCCGAAGAUAAGGAGGACAUGUACGAGCAGAGGCUCAAGCAGUUCCAGCCCGGAUCCAGAGUCACUGACACUCGUGACGACCGCACAUCGCUGGAGCGGCGCCUGGACGACAAGCUUGUGCUGAUAGUGCAACAGCGACUGGGUCAGGAGGACGUGUGGCUCCUGCCGCAGGUGGCGUGGAACGAGGGCGAGACGCUACGCGACACAGCUGAGAGAGCACUCGGAGACGCUGCGGGUUCUGGGCUGCAAGCUAAGUUCAUGGGAAACGCACCGUUUGGGUUCUACCGCUACAAGUUCCCGGUCGCCAUGCGUCAGCCCAGCGCCAUUGGAGCCAAAGUGUUCUUCUUCAAGGCAGUGCUGCUGGGCGGUGAUGUCACUGGCACUGUCGCUGAUGCUGGUGCCACCGCGGGGCCGCGCCACGUCUGGGUGACGCGGCGCGAGCUGAAGGACUACCUGAAGCCUGCGUACCUGAAGGCCGUCGAGAGCUUCAUCAUGGACGUUGAGACGCACGGGCCGGCAGAGUGAAUGUCUCCCGUGUGUGUUUUCUGGUUGUACCACGUGUUGUUCAGCGUGAUCUCCGGCCUUUGGCUCUGCGUACGAGGAACUUGUUUAGGAACUGCAAGCACGUGGUUGCAGACAACAUUCACCGAAUUCUAUUAUAUUCUUGCAUGUGGAAACAUGUCCAGGAGCUAAAUGCCUGCAUCGAGGCCUGCUAGCCACAAGAGGGCUUCAGGAGACAGUUGGCAUAGUUUUGCAAUUCCUUCUUGGAGGAGCGCAGAUGACAGUGGUUAUGUCAUGGUCCAUAGUUUGGGUUACAUGGCCACAGUCGCACUGUGACUUGUCUUUAACUUUACAUGAAUGAAAAUGUUUGCAGCGGCCUGUUAAUAUUCUGAUGCAGUUCAUGGUCCACCAGUGUCUUCACAAAUGACUGCGUUGUAUGCAGGAAGCAGGUUGGAAAUGGAGCUGACAACCCAAGAAUGGGUCAUCGCCGGUUAAUGUUGUUGCUUUUACAAUCCAUUAUAUGGUUUAAUUGUCAGAGCUUAAAUUCAGCCAAAUCACAGUCAUUGGAGAACUGGGCCGAGACCAUAAAGCCACUAUACUUGAA